CUUAGAAGUGUGGCUUGCACAAUGGUGGAGGAUGAACUGGCACUCUUCGAUAAAAGCAUAAAUGAGUUUGGAAAUAAGUUCAGAAACACUCUCAGUGACACCCCCUGUCAGAUGGUGGGACUGAGAGACGCCUACAAGGACUCCCUGAAAGCCCUGGCAGAGAAGCUGUCAGUGAAAUUAAAGGAAGAAGAACGAAUGGUUGAGCUGUUUCUGGAAUAUCAAAAUCAGGUCUGUGAGCAGAAUAAGAUGAUUCAAGAAAAGAAAAAUAAUCUUUUAAGGUUGAUUGCUGAAGUGAAAGGCAAAAAUCAGGAACUGGAAAUCCUCACCGCAAAUAUUCAGGAUCUUAAAGAAGAAUAUUCUAGGAAGAAAGAAACUAUUUCCACAGCUAGCAAAGCUAAUGAAGAAAGGUUGCAAAGGCUGCAGAAGUCAGCAGACUUGUAUAAAGAUCGACUUGGGCUGGAAAUCAGAAAAAUUUAUGGCCUACUCUGUCUUGCUACCACCAACAUCCAGAGGAAAAGGACAUUAGAAUUGCUGUUGUGCUACCAGGUAACUGAUUCUGGACAAGUGGCUGAACCCACACUAGAUUCAGAACCUCUCUCUGUUACGUGA